GAUAAGAAGAUUGGAACCCAAUAGUUUUCGUUCUUUUAUUCGCUAAUUUCUUUGUUAUUUAGUGUUCUUUGUGUUUUAUCCCUUUUACGAAAACUCCUAAAAACAUCAUCUGCCCACGUCACAUCACCGUAACAGUUGGUACCAGAGUUCGGUUAUUGGGAUGACGAGUAAGCAACAACCAACGAAGUCCAGGAUUACCACCAGCAGCAGCAACGGGUCGGAACGUGACCCACCUCACCCCCGGUUGCACGCCAUGGAGGAAAGUCUUGAAAGCCUCGAGACCCGCCAGAAUCCCUUGGUCGAGCAGGUAGAAACCCUACACCAUAAAGUCAUCGACAUCCCAAAGCUUACGACAGAGGGUUUCGCGGCGGGAGAGGCGAGGAACCAGCAACACUUCUCGGUGUUAGAGAAUCUGGUGUGUACCCUUGCCACCUAGACCAUCGUGGUGGCAGGUCGAAAGCUUGAGGCGAUGAACGACUCUGGCAAACGAAGUGACAACACUAUCGCCAAUUGCGGCUCGAGCUCACAAACAAACUCCUGGAGCGGUAUCGGAGAAAAUGAAGGGUCCUUUGAUUCGACGAGGAUGGCUGGGGCAUUAACUCUAAACCGCCACACGUGGUGGGAUUGCCGAUGGGAGGCAUUAACGGCAUGAAGACAGGCGGCAGUAGUGGCAGCAAACCAGGAGGGAAUCUCACCAUGACAGAAAAAACGACCAAUAAAGAACAAGGAGGGUCACCGGAAGGAGUCACUCAGGCGAAGACCUCUCGGAAUGCGGUGCAGAUCAUUGGGUUGAAAAGUGGAGUGUUGGGUGCGAUCCAAUCGGGUUGGGUUGGGACGAUGGGGGCAGAGCCGGACUGGUCGAGCCGACUGGGUGGGCUUGGCCCGAGUACCUAAGGCCACCGAGUGCCAUCACGGGCUGGAGCCUAGGAGCGAGAACAGGGUCGUUUGAUGCUGGGAUGAUUGGAGGUGAGCCGAUACAGAUGAUGGUUGGGCCGGGAUUAAGGACGGACCUCAAUUUUCGACAUUAGUCGGGCGGAGUAACGGGCCCAAUGGGUAACUGGGCCGGGGAGGGUAGAGUGGGCCAGUCAUCAGCGGGCCUGGAGCAGAGUUGGGACGCGGAGUCGGGCUAAGAAUUAAUGGCCCGACAGGUAGCGGAGGGAGCAGGGUUCUGCAACCGGCUCAUGCUGACCGAAUGGGCCAUGGGGAGUAGCAGUGGGCCUGGGGGUGGACAAAGUUGGGUCGGGUUUGGGAUCGAACCGACCGACGAAUUACAAUUUGACAAAGGAGGUCGUGGGUCGAGCUAUGGAUUGGAGGAGAAAACUGGGUGGUUCAAGUCUAAACUAGCUCAACUGGAUUUCCUGAAGUAUAAUGGAAACGACGAUCCAUCCGGGUGGUUCGAAAGAGUGGAACAAUUUUUCGAUUCUAGGAAACACCAUAAGAACACAAGGUACCCCUUGAAUCCUAUCAUUUGGAGGGAGAUGCAAAUCAAUGGUGGCAAUGGAUGGACCGCACUUACACCGCAUUGGGAUUGCCGAUCACCUGGGCACGAUUUAGGGAGGAGCUAUGGGCCCAUUUUGGGCCGGCGGAGGGCGUAUCUAGCCAUGAGGCUCUCGCCAAAAUUAAGAAAAUCGGAUCACUAGGUGAUUAUUUAUUGCAAUCGAUGUUUUGGGUGGACUGAAGAAGCUCUUGUAGGAUCAUUUAUUGGUGGGCUAAAAUCAGAGAUAUCAGAUGCUAUUCAAAUGUUUCAACCUGAAACUAUGUGAGAAGCCAUCCGCUUCACCAAGGUGAGAAACGAGGAGCUCGCCAAGCAUCAUCUGACGGCUCGGAUUACUUCGGGAAAUUAUAGAGGCCGGUCCAUAAUCGGCGGUGUCAUCAUCAUCGCCUGCUCCACCUCCAACCCGCAUCACGCCAAAUGUCGCCAAAAGAGGUAGCUCGACCCCAAACGCAUGGAUUGUGCUUCUAUUAUGAUGAGCGCUACACCAUUGGUCAUCGUUGCGCCAACAACAAUGUGUUUCUCAUGAUUGGCGCGUGCGAUGAAGAGGAGGAGGGCCAGUUCAUCGAGGGGGAAGGCCAACCUUGAGGACAAGGUUGUGCUCAAGGAUGGAGUAAUGUUACAAGGUCGGGCCAUCGUAUUCGUAGAAGAUUGGGCUUGCGUAUCUUUAGUAUUUUUAUUAAUUAGUUCAUAUUUGGAUAUUAUUUUGGAAAUUUUUGUAUUAAUUAUUUAUGUUUACUUGUUUACGUUGGAUUUGGAUUUUGUAGUAUGUAUUUGUUUAGGAAUUAGUAUUUGUUUCCUUGCAGAUAGGUUUCAUAUUUUCAUUAGGAAGGGGAAGAGAGGGCCGGCGACCUAGUAGGAAAGCAGAGGGGAUUGUCAGGAUUUCCUAACCUAUAAAUACGUACGUGUUCU